AUGCGCACAUCACUCCUAAACACCACGCGGCACCUCAGGCCCACCCCUCGCCAGCUACCACUCCAGGGCACCCAACAACCACUAUCAACACUGAUCACACAUUCUCUCCGUACCACCACCGCCACCACAACGAUAACGACUACGACUACACAACCCGGCAACACCAACACCCUCACAAUCCAUCCCCGACCAUCCCACCCCACAAACCAACAACAACGUCGAACCUUUCUCUCCUCCUUCCUCCCGGGGAGCGGCUCCAAUGGCUCCGAUAACGAUUCCUCCUCCCGCACCCGCCGCCUAACCGCGACCCGCACUCUCCCCUACUCGCCCGCCCCUCUCUUCGAAGUCAUCUCCGACGUCCAGUCCUACUCCUCCUUCCUUCCCUUCCUCAACGCCAGCACCGUCACCCACCGCGACCCCACGACACAAUACCCGACGCGCGCCUUCCUGACGGUGGGCUACGGCCCGCUCAGCGAGACCUUCACCUCGAAGGUGGAUUGCGAUCCCCAGCGGCUGACGGUCACGGCGCAGAGUGGGGCGCGGUUUGGCGUGGCGAAGAAGGACGGGCAGGCUGUGAGUUCCGGAGGAGGUGGUGGGUUUGGGUUCCCCGGGGCGGAGGAAGGCAUCUUCGAGUAUUUGAGUACCAAGUGGGAGUUGGCGGAUGUCACUGCGGAGAUGGGUGGAGGAAAGAGCAUGACCAGGGUGCAUUUGGAGAUUGGGUUCGAGUUCAAGAAUCAGUGGCAUGCUACCAUGAUGAGUGCGGUUGAGGGCCAAAUGGCUGGGGUCAUGAUAGAGGCGUUCGAGAAGAGGAUGGGGGAGGUGGUUGGACGGUGAUACUUGUUGAUACCAGGAUCUCAUGACGAUACUAGACACAUAUAGAAGAGAGGGUGUUCAUGCUCAUAAUAAGAUAU